ACGCACAUGUGCAACGGUUUCUUUCAUGCUCAGACAUUUGCGCAGUUAUUUGAGCAGAGAGUUCGUUGCGUGUGAAAGGUCUUGCGUUCGUAGACGCAAGUGAUUUGGAAUAUUAUUUUAAGAUCUUUGAGUGUUUUGAUUUAGCGCGAGAAAUACAAUUUGUAUGUGGCGACUUUCUUGUUGAUAUUUACGUGCGUUAACGAAAAUGAUAUGAAACUGUGAAUUCGUUGUAUUAUGUUGCGAGAUGUCUUAACCUCCCAAAGGGAAAAUGGCGCCAAUAAUGUAAUUCAUAAUUCACGGGAGCCUGUCAGUGAUGUGUAGUUGAUGACAACCGUCGUUAAAACACUCGUAAACAAAAUGUCAGGUGUUGAAGAGUUUGUACCAUUGUCAUAUUGCCCUAUAAUUAAAUGUUAUGCAGUACUGAAAAGUAUUCAUUUAGAGGGUACUGGACCAAUACCCGAUGUUGUUGUAUGUACAGACACUGGACAAAUCAUUGAAUUUUUAGAAAAACGUGUUGUUGGAAUCUUUGACGCUGAAAAUACCAACGUAGAAUACAUAACGCCUUUUAUAAAAUACACACCUCCCCGUUUGUAUUAUAUAUUGAAAUCAGCUGAUAGUGUCAUCGUAAUUUCAAGAACAGGAAGACUUAAGCUAUACACAACAUUUAAGAAUGUUUAUAAGAUACAAGUGAGUGAUUUUAAGGGUACUGGCACUCCGCAGUUGGGCAUAUGGCAGAAAAGUGAAUUAGGAAACAGUGAGCCGUCAGUGGUGACAGACUUUUCGGAAGAGACUGUUGAGCAAGAUGCGUCCACAUCUAGUGAAUUUCAUAAUUUAUGUAGCAGCAUGCUUCAGGAAUUGGCCAUAAAAGUCAAAGAAGCACAAGUAAGGCUUAAGGAAAAGCAGCAGUUCAGAACAAAGUUAUAUUACAUUGCAUCGAAUACUAAUUUUGCUGAGAAGUCUGAAACAGAAACAAGUCUGGUGUGUCUGGUGGGACAGAAAUGUGGGUAUGCAGACAGCAAAAACCAUGAACUGGACAAUUUGGUAGUUACAAACACUUGGCAUUACGUUCAUAAUGAUAAGUGGAUUGUUGGUGCAUGUGUCAACAAUACCAGUGAAAGACGUAUCACUGAUAUUAAUUUGGUUUUGAGUAAUAGUUGGAAGCAACCGGUAACAUAUAGCUCUUUUGUCAUGAAUUUUGAGAUCAGGAAGGUUGAAACCCAACCUGGAAAACUUCUCAAAUUAAGCAAGCCAGUGAAUCCCAUGAAUCAGUGGAAAAGGAUUUCUGAAUUGCCAGCACGUGAACAGGCCUGCAUUGCAGGUGUUUUACCACUGCCGAAGUUUGUUGAACAUAAGAAAUUUGAGAUAUCUGGAACCAUAAAAUAUUCAGUGAAGGAUCGACCAUCAGUAGAUUAUCAAACUACUCUUCCUAAUUACCAGUUGAAUGUCUUAGAUGUUGUUUCUGGUAAUCUGGCUCCCUUUUCUUGCAGUACUGGGAAGGAUUUGGAUACCCUAGCUGUGAGAUUAGCCAGUGAACAUGUGUCACUUGUCCUCAGUAACUGCUGUGCAGAGGUUAAGAAGACUAUAGUGAAAGAUCUCUCUUUUGAAGAAAAAUCGCAUGGUAUUCUGUGGAACAGUGGUAAACAGAAUGCUGAACUUCAUGGAACAAUGUUGUUAGUAAGUGGGACAGUUGGUCAGACUACAUAUCUUCAUGUAUAUGCAAGAGAUGUUUCCCAGGUCAUCUUACUAGUGCACUGUUUGUAUAGUGUGUUAACAGUGCAUACAACAAUAGAGCUGCUGAUACCUAAGGGAACAAUAAAACCUAUAGCUUUGUGGGAAGCACUGUGUUCUGAGAUGGAUUAUCUUAUUAAAAAUAUAUGCAGUUGGGGGAGACAGAAAGAGGAUAGUUCUGAAGGAAACUACAAGAUUAUAAUAGACAGACAAGCUUACACAGAGUUUAUGUCAAAACUGUCUGUCCUGGAACAAUCCACAGAUGCAUGUCAUCAGAAACUUCUGGCAGCAAUGAAAACAUGAAUGUUUGCAGCUGAUAGGUGCACACGGAGUCCUUUUAUAUGUUAAGCUUCAAGAUGUUCUUACUGUACUAACUUGACACUCCAUCUAGAAUGCUUUUUAGUUUCUCUUUGAAGUUCCAGCCUUGUGCAGUUAUGACUGUAUCAUUUGCAUAAAGAAACUGACCUACAUUCAAUUAGUUCACUCAUUCACUUGUCUUCUGUAGAUCCCAUCAAAGAGAACCUUCAAGGAUAUGGACAGCAACUCAUAAGAAACUUGUUCUGUGGGCUGUAUAAACAAUAAAUUAUCACUAAUUAUGCUUAUGAUAGCUGAAUGAUACCCAGUAAAUUAGAUGUAAACUUGCUACAUUGAAAAAAGCUGCUGCUUCUUCAGUUGUAUCGUUCUGUUAAUAAGCUGUUCAUUUGCUUAGACAUUAUGUAAGUCUAGAGUGAGCAUAAGAGAGAUGGCAAUCAUUCUGACUGUAUCUGUGGAGAAAAAUAAAAAUUAUGAAAUAAACUUAUUAAUCAUUUAUUGCAUUACUGAACAUGGCUCACAAGUGUGCAACGGGGGAAAUAUUGGAAUGUCUCAUUUAAAGGAAGACUCAAUUGAAUAAGAAUAAAAUACAAAAAGAAAAGCUACUAACAUGAAAGGAAAGGAAGCACAGGACCAAUGAACUCUUUAAUGGUGGUUUUAAUUAUUAUUUUUUUAUUAUUUUGGCUUUGAAAUUUAUAUUUAAUUUUACAUUAUUUUGGGUUUGGCUAAUUGACUCUUCAUUUAAAUCAAGAAAAAUUACAUACUUGAAAAAUCACAUAAAAAUAUUUUUUAAAUAUUGAAAUUUAAUUACCACCACAUGGUCCAUAUUUUUUAGCUAGGCUCCUCUACUGGGAUUGUCUGUUGGCAAAUAUAAUUUUGGGGUGUAUUCACACCUAAAAGGUAUUGGACUUCAUUUUGUGAAAAGUGAAAUUUUUGAUACAGGUUCUGUUCUGAAAGCAAACCAAACAUAUUGCGCUGAUUGGUUCUGUUAAUACGCGAUCAUUAACUAACAGACAUCCCCACACAAAGUAAGCCACAUUUAAUUAUCAAAUUUAUGAAAAAAGCUGAGGGAAAAAAGGUAUGAUUAGUCAUAAUAACAAACACAAUGAAAUUAAAUAUUUAUUAUUAUGCAAAAUGAGCACAAAUAACAAAAUCUCUUCAUAACAUUGAGCAAGCAAUAAUUUUUUGACUGUACCAGACAAUGGCUGACCAGGAAGAGGGAGAACAAAAGGUUGUGAGUUCUUCUUCGCUUAAAAUAACAUCAAUAAUACAAUUAUAGUGACAUUAAUUUCAUUGUAAUCACAGUGUCUAUUAAGCAGCGAUAAAAUCGUCUCAGUGCUACUGCGUGAAAUCGCACAGUCACAAAAUCUGCUAACAUUUGGGGAACAUUACAACUCAAGUAUGAAGAAAUGAAGAAGACAGGAAUGCAGAUCAUACAAAUGGACACAGCACAGCAGAACAUAAAGUUGUAUUAUAUUUUGGCACAUCCCUAGGAUCCUGUUAUAGAUGUAUAAAGGAGAUACAGUAGGAAGAAUAAGGCAACAGCCUGAUACUAAGAGAGUC